UUCACCAAUAACUGCGACUACGGUACCCCUCUGUUUCUCUACCAGGCUGAUAGCACGCCUCAAGGGGCUGCUAACAUUCAGGGCGAGCUCAACGGUGGUAUUGCCUGGCUCAGUACCGGGGACUGCGGGAGCAGUGGUGUUAACUGCGGUGCAGUCGAGUUCACUCUCCAAAACACUGGGUACAGUCAAGCCGAUAUUACCCUCGUAGGCAACCACUACUAUGUCUACUCCCUCGGCUUUAACUUCAUCAAUGGAUGUAGCUCUGGGCUUUUCUGCGACUCAGCCAAUUGUUCCGAAGCAUUCCAUAGUCCUGAUAUAGGGCCCCUCGAACAGUGCUCCGUGGACAACUGUGGUGUAAGUGAAAACUUGGCUAGAAUUUCCAUCCGGGACUCUUAA